AUGCGCACACAUACCAAAGACCGGCCAUAUCCCUGUGUCUGUUGUAAGAAGGCAUUCACUACUUCAAGUAGCCUGACACGACAUGUGAGGACCACUCAUCUGAACGAGAGACCAUUCAAAUGCACCUACUGCAGCCGAACGUUUGCAUUUCAGGAGGGCUUGGACUCACAUACGGCCACACACACAGGCAUUCGACCCUUUCAAUGUCCACAGUGUCCUCGCGCCUUUGCCGUGUCAUAUAGGCUUUCAUCACACCUCUUGAUACACAAACAUGGCAAGCCACACAAGUGCCCCCAUUGUACCAAGUCAUUUGCUGUUAAGUCACACCUGACAAAGCACAUUCGUGUUCACACAGGUGAACGUCCUUUCAAGUGUAACCAGUGUGACCGUGCUUUUACCCAAGCAUAUAACUUGACUAUCCAUCUACGUAACCACUCAGGUGAGAGACCAUAUAAAUGUUCAGAAUGUUCAGAGACUUUCAAGCAAUCAGGUGACCUUCGUGCCCAUGUGCGUACACACACAGGUGAACGUCCUUUCAAGUGCAAAGUUUGCGGUAAACAGUUCGCUCAGUCGAGUAACUUGUAUAAGCAUCGCAAGACCCACUCGUCCGACCGACCGCAUAAAUGCUCUUACUGUGGCCGCGGCUUUGCUAAAAGGAGUAGCAUGAGAACCCAUGAGCGCCUGCACACUGGCGAUAAGCCUCACAGCUGCAGCGUGUGCCAGAAAACUUUUCUGACACUGGCCAGUCUCACAAAACACAUGAAGAUCAUCCACAAUGAGGACGGAGGUAUUAAUCUUGAUGAUCCAUCUGUAAGAUGUUACCGCUGUGAAUUCUGUCCUGCUGCAUAUCGUAGACGAGCAGAAUUGCGUGAACACUUCCAACAAACUCACUCACAAGACCGACCAUAUAAGUGUGAUUUAUGCAGUGAUGCAUUCACUCAAAGUACUCAUCUGGCUGCACAUAAACGGGGUCAUGCUCGUCAGCAGGCAAGCAGUCUGCUGACUGCUGCUACUAAAUCAGCUGAAGCUCAAAAUGCCACAUUAAAUUUGACUCCUACCAAAAAUGCCACUGGUUUUACUGAGUCUAUGCCAAAAGGGCAAGAAAAAGAACAUUCGCUCAACGUGGAAAUCUGCUCUCUCACCGACGCAUCCACACCGGAGAGAAGCCUUACAAAUGUGAUUACUGUGACAACCGUUUCCGAUCUAGCAGUCAUUACAGUAUUCACUUGA